GCCCUAAUUGGGGCGGCCGUCCCCUCCUUGCUAGUCCUGGGGGUGCUGCUGCUCCUGGCUGGCAAUACCGAUCGCGCAAAAGGUGCAUCGGCGCUGGACCAGACGCAGGUGUUGCCGACGAGGACAUACGAGGACAUGGAGGACUGCUCCGAGGCCUUAAUCCACCAGGCCUGUCUCGACUUCCUCGAGUCUUACAAGAACACCAUCUCCGCGGAGAUCUUGGCUUCUGUCGCCAGGGGGACGGAUGGCAGCAGCGCGAAGAUCUUGGCCAUGGUUGACGAGUUCCGCAAGGAGUCACAGCUGGACGCCACGAACAAAAAUAUCAAGGAGGCUCAGGGGCGACUUGACGAACGCGAUGACCAGCUCGCGGCGCCGCGGGCUGAGAUGGCCGAGUUCCGCCACCUCCUCGCCGUCGCCGAGCAGAAGCCCCGCCCCGCCCCGCUGGUGCACAACGGAUUCGAGCGCGACAUCGACCCCGCGCAGGUGGUCGCGUUCGCACAGAGACAUACGACACUGGAGGCUGUCAAAUCUUCACUCUCCCCGUGGGCGGCCUAUCCCGGCCUUGAGGAGCCGGAUUGCGAGUUCAAGGCCCUCGGCAACCUCCCCGCUGAAAGAUUUGCCAUCCAGUUCGCGGUGCGCCGCCUGCGCAUGACUCUGACCGAGACGCCCCCCUCUUCCAAGAUCUUCAUGGACAGGGGGCGCGGCGCCUUGUCGGUCGGCCGGGGCCGCGUCGCCCGCGUCGAAGCAUUCCCAGGCGAG